CAUGGUGAACACAAUGAUACUGCAUUGGCUGUACCAAAAUGUGGAAGCUGUUAUGGAGCUGAAGAUCCAGCCAGAAAUAUCACAUGUUGCAACACGUGUGAAGAAGUUAAGGAAGCAUACAGGCAUAAACGUUGGAAUUUUCCUGAACCAGACAAAAUAGAACAAUGCCAGUCUUCCCACGAUGCUGAGAAAAUAACAAGAGCUUUAAAGGAAGGAUGUCAAAUAUAUGGAUACAUGGAAGUGAACAGGGUGGGAGGCAGUUUCCAUAUUGCCCCUGGUCAAAGCUUUUCCAUAAAUCAUGUACAUGUCCAUGAUGUUCAACCGUUUUCAUCGUCCGUUUUCAACACAUCACAUAUCAUCCGACAUCUGUCGUUUGGAAGAAACAAAAUUGCUGGGAAAGCAAAUCCAUUGGACGAGUCUGUAUCGAUAGCCUCUGAGGGCUCCACAAUGUAUCAGUAUUAUAUCAAAAUUGUUCCAACGAUGAGAGUUCUAAAAGAUGGCUCAGUAUUCCACUCUAACCAGUUUUCAGUGACCAAACAUUCAAAAGUGGUCUCACCAGGUAGGGGAGAUUCUGGAAUGCCUGGAAUAUUUUUUAGUUACGAACUUUCAGCACUCAUGGUGAAAAUAACUGACAAAGUUGUGCCAUGGAGUCAUUUUUUCAACGAUUGCUGCAGUUGUAUAGGAGGAGUCUUCAUAGUCUUCAUGUUGUUGGACUCAUUCUUUUACAGAAGCUUAAUACUAUGGAAAAAAAUGGAAAUCGGAAAAGCGCAUUAAAACAUUAUGCGUAACUGAAUUGUUUGUAGAAUAUGUGACAAGUGAACUUUUACCAACGGAUCUGGACUUGUAACUUAUCAUGACUUGUACAGUAUUAAUAAAAAAAUAAAAGCUG